AUGUUCUCGACCUUCUUCCAACCUUGCGAGCUCAAGUUGCAUCUGCUCCAGAAUGCCGUCUUCUUGCACCCACCCGAUCGUCCCUUACCCGAAACGCACGAUAGGCCGCCCAUGGCCAACGACGAGAUCGUCCGUGGGCUCGUAGAGCUCUACGUACCUUCCACCCGCCACAUCUCGGGCAUCCGCGUGCGUCUCAAGGCGGUCCAGACCAUCGCCAUCUUGGACCCAGCAUCUGGCCUCACCCCUAUCAGCUGGGAGGAUUCUACCGUGCUCGAAAAGGUCGUCGAGAUUGGCAUCCACAGCGACAAGGGCUCGCACCACGCUCCAUCCCAUCACCACCUCCUACCCUCGUUCCAUUCCAGAUCAGCCUCCGUCGGUCCAGCUUUGCACACCAGCUCGUCAUCCCACACGCAACCACGCGGUCGAAGCUCGGCCACUCCGGAUCGAGCAGGUCGUUCUGGUUCCGCUUUUGGAUUGCGAUCUCACAGCCCUGGUGGAAGCAUCCCUGCUUCCAUGGCGCGUGCCGUGUCGCGAGGCCGCAAGAUUGCCUCUGGCAUGAGCAGGAACAACCACAGCCCUUCGCCUUCGCAAAGUCGAGCAUCGUCUCCCAGCGCCCCACCAUCCAACGAACGCGGGCGCACUGCCACCCGCGCCCCGCCUACUUACGCCUACGCCAUCUCAGAAGCGUGCAUCAACGGCGCUGCGUCUGUACCGCAAGAGCAGGAAGUGGUCAAUCACAGUCUGCCAGCCAGUCAAGCAGCCACUCCGCAGCGAUCGCGCCGACAGAGUCUCUCCAACUCGCAAACUCCACCACCUGAUGCGCAUACCCAACAGCAACCUCCUGCCGAGCCGGAAGACUUGGCCGCCCAUCUUCGGAGGUCCCUUGCUGUACAUGAUCAAGGCGCUGACCGCAGAAGUGCCAGCGCGGCCCCUGCGGACCGCGCCUCGUUGCGCUCUUCCAGUACGAGCUCGCAGCCUCAGCUGCGCGUCGAAGAGGACAGAGGCAAGGCAAAAUCAAGGAGCUCAUCGAUCGGAUUCUUUGGCUCUCGCAAGGCGCGCAGCAAAUCCCGAGCACCGCUCUCGCGCGGCGCCUCGAGCCAACACAGCGAAUUGUUGCAGGUGGACGAGGAAGGCGAACGAGGUCGCAGAGGUGCAUCGGAACGCCCGCCGCUCGAGCCUUCAAGUUCUUCCGGCUCGGUGGUUGUAACGCCAGGAUCCGAGAGCGAACCGGGUUGGGAGACGGAGCCCGCUCAGGAUGGCUUGGAACUGCAAAAGGGCGUCCACGGGUUUGAGUUUGCCUUCAUCAUCCCUUGUGAUGCUCCUCCGUACGAACGAUCUCCCUUCGGCAGGGUGCGCUACAUUAUCAAAGCCACUGCGAUCGGUGCAGGGCGUGCCAAGUCCAACGUUGAGUGCUGGCGCGACCUCUACCCCAUGGUCAAUCCGUCGCCAGACAGCGGUUCUACACCACUCACCGUGCUGUACAACGACCUCCAUCCGACCGUAGGUCUCGUGUCCAUCGCAUGCACCUCGAACAACAUCUCGGUCGGCGGCGUGUUCAAUAUCGACGUUAAUUCACCCACGCCGCCCGAGGACCUCAUCGUCUACCUGGUGCGCGUCUCGCUCGAGACCACCAUCGAGCUAACCACCAAGCGCAAGGACAAGCAGACGGUGCCCGUGCAACGACACAAGCUGUUCGAGAAGGGAUGGGUGCCGCCGAAGAACAAUGAUGGCUCCCACGGCGAUGGCAAGAAGACCGACGGCUUCGUGCGCAACGCAGGCACCGAAGAUGCGUGGACCGUGCAAGGAAUUGCGCGCAUGCCGGACGACAAUCACAUCCGUGCGUCAACUGUGGCAGCUUCUAAAGCCAGCAUCCGCUUCAGCCACGUGCUCGUCGUCGAGAUUGUGCACAGUCGCAAGCCGGCGGGCAGCACAGCAAAGACUGCGGAGGAGCAAGCCAAAGAGCGGCGGCUCAAGGUGUUCGCACUGCGCCAGCCCGUGCUUAUACCGUCGUGCUGUUGCGCCUACGACGCGGUGACGCUGCCGGCAUACAGUGCGGAUCCGGACCCGUCGUCGCGCAGGGCCGAGAUGCCGUACGACCUGUCGAGCUUCUCGCACCAUCCGCCGAACAGUGACGGUUCUUCGUCCUCCAACGCCGCCGCCAAUAGCAGCGGCUCCGGACCGAACGGGCAUUUGUCCGGGGGCCCGAACGCGGCGAGCACGGCGACAGCGGUGCACGGGCAGUCGCAGCUCUUCUGUGUGUGCGGCAUGUCGUUGCAGGACCUGAGUGCCCAGGAGCGUGCGCUGAUUCCGAGCGCGCCAUUGGACGUGAUGGGCGGAGAGCUUUUCAGGCAUCAGGGCAAGAUUGGCGAGCUGCCGCCGCGACUGGAUUCGGGGGCCGCGAGGAGGAGAAGUCCCAGUACCUCUUCGUCCAGCGGUGGAAUCGUCGCCAGCUUGCGAGGUAGGAGAAGGUCGACGAGCAGCACGCGUACUGCGGGGGCGCAAGGCAGCGGCAGCAGCUCCAGCCCCGCUAGGAACGGUGCGAAGGAGAGGAGCCCCUCGAUCAGUGCAAGCAUCAAAGGGCGCUCACCGAGCAUCACUUCGGCGUUGAGAGCGCGGCGGUUAUCCAGCUCGUCAACCAGCGAGCCGAGGUACAAAGGCGGUGCGGGGUUCAGUCGAGGCGAGAGUGUGAGUCGGGGCUCUGCCAUCAGCCGGAUUAGCGCCAGUUCCAACGGUGGGUACAGGGCAGCGGGUGGUAGUGGUGCAUCUGGGUCGACGGCGGCAGCCGCAGGGGAAGCGGAUAGCACGACAAACGAGUCGGUGGACCCAGAUCGCAUUUCUGAAUGA